AUGGCUGAACAACCUCCACCCACACCGUCCGAACUACUCCGGAUGGUGACCGAGUUGCGGCAAGCCAUGGCCGAGGAGAACCAAAGAAUGGCAAAUCAAAUCGCCAAUUUGAAUAACACUCGAACCGAAAAUAACAAUGACCGACAAGAACGGACAGAAGAAGCUGAGCAGCAAUUAGGACCAACACAUGUCUCAGACACUGCUCGACAGGAAGAGGAGCAACCCGAACAUAAUGAGGAAGCUCAGAAAGACAUAGAGAAUGACGAUCAGGAAAGCUCCCCCGGACCAUUCACGGAGGAGGUGAUGAACUUCGUGCUACCCCGAAGGUUUACUCUGUCGACCACCCUAACUCCCUAUGAUGGGUUAGGUGAUCCGAAGAAAUACAUCAAGAAAUUCACCUCCAUAAUAAUAGUAAACGGUGCAUCUGAUAAAGUUUUAUAUCGUUGUUUUCCAUCUUACUUAGACGGUCCCGCACUUGAUUGGUUUUGUUCUUUGCCUGCAGGUUCUAUUUCUCGAUUUCGAGACAUAUCAAAGCCCUUUGAGGAGCACUUCGCUGGAUCAGCCAUCUACCUACAUGACUCCGAUUACCUGAACACAGUCAAGCAAGGCCAGCACGAAAGCCUCAAGGACUACAUGACGCGCUUCACAAAGAUAGCCAUAAGACAGAUCGACAUCGAAGAACUCCGACAAGCUCGGAAAGUAGAAAAGCCUCACUAUAGAGACGACGACAAAACAUGGGACAGCAAGAAGAAUUUCAAACCAAUUCCACGAUAUGAGACCUACACCAAAUUCAACACCAAGCGCGAUGAUAUCAUCAAGGAGAUCUUGAAUUCGAAAUUAAUCAAGCCACCAAGAAAAGCUAGCAGUUACCCAGAUUCAAAAGGCACCGACCGAUCAAAAUACUGCUCCUUCCACCAGAAGCACGGACACAAUACCGACGACUGCAUCAUUGCCAAAGACCUACUGGAGCGACUAGCUCGGCAGGGUCACCUAGACAAAUACAUCAGCAGUCACACGCAGCGGCGAGCACCUCCUUCAGGAGACCAAAGCUUGGUUACACAACAUGGCCGAGAUAGAGACCGACCGAACAAUAGCCAUCCCGAACUACCAACACGUACAAUUAACUGUAUUUCUGGAGGUUUUGCAGGUGGAGGAGCCACAAGCUCGGCAAGAAAGAGAUCUUACCGAGCUAUACUUUCCAUCAACGCCGAUCAAAGUCAACAGCAGCCGCUGCCGCGAUCUCCACAGAUAACAUUCCAGACAGCCGAUCAUGACACCAGUGUAGCAAAUCUGGAUGAUCCCGUCGACAACACAAUUGCAACCGAUUUUUGGCCGACUUUAUUGCCGAAUUCUCAGUACCGAGUACAACUGAAGACUACAUCGAAUGGUCUUCAUACAUCGACGGAUCCUCCAACCCACAAGGGUGUGGAGCAGCACAUACCAAGGGAGAGUAAUGGCCGAGCUGACAUUCUGUCUAAACUCGCCAGCACUCAACCAAAUGGGUCAUCACUUUAUCAGUCAACACUACUCAAGCCAAGCAUUGAACUAACACAAGUCUUAAGUGUAACACAAGAAGCAGAUUGGAGAUCCCCAUACAUACAGUAUCUCCAGACAGGGAUCUUGCCAGGCAACGUCGAAAAUGCUCGACACUUCCACCGAUAA